GCGUGGCUCACCUGGUGACGCAAGCACGUUGAUAUACGUCGACGUUCACUGAGAAACAUGUCGGCAUCUGAGACAACGACAAAGGAGCCCCCUGAAAAAGAUGACACAGAAACACCAGCAGAGUCAUUAGCAGGACCAAGUCAAGUAAAGGAAGAUAAUGCAGCCUCCCCCACCACGUCUGCUGCUGCUGCUGCUAAGAAGACAGAGCCUAUGGGUGGUAUGCCGUCAGUUUUGUCGUCUCAGCAGCCUGGGAAGGACAAACCUCGAGAGGACGGAGAGAAAUGCUCGCCUGCCUCGUCCCCACAGAACAAACCUGCCGCAGGACAUGCAACAAAGUCCCUUCCGUCGCCGUCCUCCUUGUCUCUGCCUUCAUGUCCUUCCACGUCUUUAACGGUGCCCCCCGGCCGAGCGAAGAUGAGCGUCUCUGGGCCCGGCAGCAGUAAAUCCAUCCUUCCACCCGCUCCUUCCUCCUCCUCAUCCUCCUCUGCCACGGCUUCCUCUUCUCCAUCCGUCUCCCCUGCCCCACCCAAGAUCCACCGGGCACGAAAGACCAUGAACAGGCCUCCACCAGGGCAGGUGAGAGGGAGAGGGACGAGUCACAUUGAGCCACCAGCUGGAUCUGCGACUCCCUCCGGCUCCUCUGACUCUGAAACUGUUGCGAAAAGGAUGAAACUCGGUCACACGUCAAACAGCACACCUGAGAAGUCUGAAAAUAUUCCAGACGAGGUUCAGACUGCGACUCGGGAAGAAAAGCUGUUCCAUAAAAAGACAGAGACUGUUACAAAGGCCGCGCCUUUGAAGAAGAACAACAGCUUCGAGUUAGAGGAGGACGGAGGCGACAAAAUUCCCGUUUCGAGUCCAUCCACACGAGAUUCAGAGAAGUUGGAGGACGGUGGGGGAGAAUUGAGGCAGCGAGCGAAGGACAUCGAGGGGCCAAUGAACACGUCAGACCACAGUUCGGAGUCUGAAACGCACAGAGUCGUCCAGAGCAGGAAUGAGAGCGAGGACUCUUCAUGGCCGCCUUCGGAUCAGCACAAAGGGAGGGACACGGGGGAUGAUGUGGAGGCGGUGGGAGGAAGUUCUGCAGAGUACACAGAGGUUCCUUUGGGUGCUCUGGACAUCGCUGCUGCUGACAGUCUGACACUUUCUCCUCAUGCAGAGGGAAGCGAGGCCGGAGACACGGAGCGUCUGGAGGAGCUUCCUCUGUGCAGCUGCAGGAUGGAGGCUCCUCGCGUGGACAGCACCAGCCACCGUGUGAGCAGACAGUGCAUGGCCACGGAGAGCGUCAAUGGAGAGCUGCGGGCUUGCAACAAUCGGACGAUUAAAGGAGAGACCAUGCGGCCGUCCAGUCGGGUUUCCCUCAUGGUGCUCUGUGACGUCCACCGCUCACACAUGGUCAAACACCACUGCUGUCCUGGUUGUGGAUAUUUCUGCAUAGCAGGCACGUUUCUCGAGUGCUGCCCGAACCAGCGCAUCGCUCACCGCUUCCACCGCGGCUGCGUGACGGUGCUGGGCAGCGGACGCAGCCGAGCGAACGGCGGCGGCAUGCUCUUCUGUCCCCACUGCGGCGAAGACGCCUCCGAGGCCCAGGAGGUCACCAUCCCGUCCUUCAGCUCGGCCACGGCCUCCGCCACCACCGUCGUCACCAUGUACGCCUCCUCCACCACCACCCCGUCCCUGCCGCCGUCGGCCCCCACGGCGCCCUCCCUCACGGCCUCCACGGGAGGGAUGAAGGACGGGAAGAUGCCCGAAAGGCCGGUCAGUGCUCGUAUGCGUAGCCACGGCCUGGUAACGCCAGCAGUGGAGCAGCAGCCUCCGCAGCCUGUGGCUCCAGCAGCGACUGGGGCCACUGUCCCCCCAGCAGAGGAGGGCGUGGACAGCGUGGGACCCUCGCUCUGUAUGCCAAACGGGAAACCAAUCAGCCCCAGUGCACUUCCACCUGGGCCCAGCAGGGCGGCGCUGCAGAAAGCCAUCCUCACACAGGACACGGAGAGGAGGAAGAAACUGAGGUUCCACCCUCGUCAGCUCUACCCUGCAGCCAAGCAAGGAGAGGUUCAGAGAGUCCUGCUCAUGCUGAUGGAGGGCAUAGAUCCAACAUACCAGCCGGACUCUCAGAACCGGCGCUCCGCUCUUCAUGCCGCCGCUCAGAGAGGUCUGCUGGAAGUCUGCUACAUGCUGGUGCAGGCUGGUGCUCAAGUGGACGCCCAGGACAAGGACAUGAGGACUCCUCUGCUGGAAGCCAUCAUCAAUAACCACAUCGAGGUGGCUCGAUACCUGAUCCAGAACGGUGCCUGCGUCUACCACGUGGAGGAGGACGGAUAUACCGGCCUCCACCACGCAGCCAAGCUGGGAAACCUGGAAAUCGUCAACAUGCUUCUGGAGACGGGGCAGGUGGACGUGAACGCGCAGGACAGCGGUGGUUGGACGCCGAUCAUCUGGGCUGCGGAGCACAAACAUGUCAAGGUGAUCAAGGCGCUACUGAACCGAGGAGCUGACGUCACCAUCAACGAUAAGCCCCUCGUUCCCCAUCAGGAGCUGAAUGUGUGCCUCCACUGGGCGGCGUACGCCGGCAACGUGGACAUAGCGGAGCUGGUGUUGAACUCCGGCUGCUCCCUGGCCUCCGUCAACAUGCACGGAGACACGCCGCUGCACAUCGCUGCCAGAGAGGGAUACUUGGACUGUGUCACCUUGUUCCUGUCCAGAGGAGCCGACAUCGACAUCAUGAACAGGGAGGGCGACACUCCUCUAACCCUGGCACGGGUCGACACACCUGUGUGGGUGUCGCUCCAGAUCAACAGGAAGUUAAGAAGAGGAAUAACAAAUCGCAUGCUCCGGACAGAGAGAAUCAUCUGCAGUGACAUCGCGCAGGGCUACGAGAACGUACCGAUUCCCUGUGUGAACGCGGUGGAUGACGAGGGUUGUCCUUCAGACUACAAAUAUGUUUCAGAAAACUGUGAAACGUCGGCAAUGAACAUAGACCGCAACAUCACACACUUACAGCACUGUGGCUGCACUGACGACUGUUCAUCUAGUAACUGCCUCUGUGGACAGCUCAGUAUCCGCUGCUGGUAUGACAAGGACCAGCGGCUGCUUCAGGAGUUCAACAAAAUUGAGCCUCCACUUAUAUUUGAAUGCAACAUGGCGUGUUCCUGCUAUCGGUCGUGCAAGAACAGGGUGGUUCAGGCAGGCAUCAAAGUCCGUCUGCAGCUCUACAGGACGGAGAAGAUGGGCUGGGGAGUCCGAGCUCUGCAGGACAUUCCUCAGGGAAGCUUCAUCUGCGAAUAUGUUGGCGAGCUGAUCUCUGAUGCAGAAGCUGACGUUAGAGAAGACGACUCCUACCUGUUUGACCUGGACAACAAGGAUGGGGAGGUGUAUUGCAUCGACGCCCGGUAUUACGGCAACAUCAGCCGCUUCAUCAACCACCUGUGCGACCCGAACCUCAUCCCGGUCCGCGUGUUCAUGCAGCAUCAGGACCUGAGGUUCCCCCGCAUCGCCUUCUUCAGCUCCAGAGACAUCCUCAGCGGACAAGAGCUGGGAUUCGACUAUGGCGACCGCUUCUGGGACAUUAAGAGCAAAUACUUCACCUGUCAGUGCGGAUCGGAGAAGUGCAAGCACUCGGCCGAAGCCAUCGCCUUGGAGCAGAGCAGGCUGGCUCGACUGGAGGUCUUCCCAGAGUCGGGAGCCGACUGUGGCAUAACCAUGUUGGGAAACUCUUAAACACUCUGAGCCUUUGGAUCAGUUUUACACACUAUAAAUACACCAUGGGAGGCUUAUCUUUUUAUUUUAUAACAUGCAGUUUGUCGUGUACGGUGCUGUUUUCUUUUCUACUUGAAAUGUCGUCUCUUUUCCCCAAGUUGUCACUUUCCACUCGGUCAGAGGACAUGGGCCUUAACGUUUGUUUUAAAGUCUAGGUGUUAGGGGAAAAAACAUUAGUUCUUAAGAUUCUGAUACAAUACUUUUGUACUGUAUCUCACAAUCGACUUACGCCUUGACACAUAUACAUGAGCUACCGUCUGCCGUUGCUUCAUAUCAUAUGCCAGUCAUACAUAUAUAUACAUUUUUAUAUAUAUAUUUUCUGUUGUGCCAACAAACAAAGUGCAUUUUUGGCUGAGGGCGGUAAUGGUGUGAUCCAUGCUGGACUCAACAAGGACCUGAGGGACGUCGUCGUUUUUGGAUGUUAGCUUUAUUUUUUUAUACAUGUUGGUUUUUUCUCUGUCAUGUGUAGUGUAAUAAAAUAACUCAUGAGUUGA